GUUACAAGACAGAAGACUGAGCUGUGUUUUUUAACUUAGCCCACAUUUCUGGACAUGUACUCUCUCUGCACUCGGCUCCUCCUGCAGUCCCCCUCGUUCACUCGUGUGUGUGUGUGGGGGUUUGUGUGUGUUGGAGGAGGAGGUUCUGAUUUGCAGUGGAGUCAGACGAGGGAGGUCGCCUUUCCGAGCAGAUAUGGAGGCUCUGCAGUUGAAAGAAAAACUCCUCUGACAUCGGAACCCUGACUUGUUGCUUUUCUCACCAUGGAGGACGUGAUCUGAGGGAAGAGUUCCUCGCUACACUUCACAUUUCAGCUGCUCUUCUCGUUUCUUUGCUUUAGUUGUGAGGAGAUUCUACCUGUGAAUGAAAAGGAGUUUGUUUUUUGGCAAAAAGAAAAAAAGGACAAUAACCAGUGAAACACUGUCCAGGUCUGCUGUGGGAGUCAAGUUUAAGAGAGUGCACAAGAACCUUUAUGAAGACUUUCUUCUACCACUAUUCAUUUGUUUUACUCUGCUGCGGUCGAUCUGCUUCACAAGUUGGAGUUGGAGAGGUGUUUUCUUUUCUCCCUCCUCUUAUCUCCUCACUCCUACCUCCUACCUCCCUCAUCUCUGUCUUUUGUGUUCUGUGGAGAAGGAGGAGCUCGGGCCCAGAGAGAGGAGACGCGUGGAGUGAUGUUUCAGUGACUGACUCAGAGAUCCGAGCUAUGGACUGCACGGCUGUAGUUUUCAAACCGUGCGCCUGCUCCGCGACCAAGUGGUGUCGGCACGAGCGCUCGUCCGGCCGCCGGCCGUGGAGGCUGCUGCAGGGCUGCAGCUGUGGCAGAGAUGUCAUGGACGCAGAUGUGGUUGGCCACACCUCCUCCCUCCUGCAGCGCUUGCUGUUUUAUGUCUGCUGUUGCGUGUCCCACGAGGACAGCCCCGAGCUGCGUCGGCACUGGGUGGCGCCUCCCGUCAGUGGAGCGCAGAGGAGAGGAAGAGGAGAGGAGGAAGGUGAGGAUGAGGAGUUGGGACCUCCCCCCUCAGUAGACGAGGCGGCCGAUGCUCUGAUGACCAGGUUGGGCUUCCUGCUGGGGGAUAAAGUUAUCAGCAGAGAGCCGGACUCCCCUUACCACGCCCAGGACGAUGGACAGAGGAUGUCUCCUUCCUCCAGUCUGGCUAGUAGCAGCACCUCCCCCUGUUCCACUCUGCCGCCCCCUGCUGGAGGAGAGGGCGGCAGCGACAACAGGCACGCCUCAAACCACGCCUCUGUCACCUCCCCCACCUCAACACUGGAAAGCAGAGACAGCGGCAUCAUAGCCACACUGACCAGCUACUCUGCAGAGUCGGCAGCAGAGCAGGAAAACAGUGCCAAAUACCCUAGAGACAGUUACCAUGGUAGCAGCCUCCUCCUCUGGCAGCAGGGGGGGCGGCCGGUGGUGGCCUCCUCCUCCUCCUCCUCCUGUAUGGUGACAACGGGAAACUCUAAUGACGGCUUUCGGUACCGGGCAGACGACAACAUGGCCGCCUCCACUUACAGCCUCAACAAACUCCACCCAGACCGAGGCCCUGGCACUGCACAUUCAUCAGGCUCCACCCACUCCAUACCGCUCUACCUCAUGCCACGCCCCAAUUCAGUAGCUGCCACUAGUUCUGCCCACCUUGAAGAUCUAGCCUAUCUGGAUGAGCAGCAGAGACACAUCCCUUCAAGAACAUCCCUCAGAAUGCCCAGACAGAAUUCAGGGAGUCGCAGUCAUCAGGAUCACAGAGUUCGCUUCUCUCCCUCUCUCAACCUGAAGCCGCUCCACUUUGAGGUUCCCAGUCUCUCGCCCGAUUGGCUGUUCACUGGCAGGGAGUGGCUCUUUCAGGAAGUGGACGCCUUCCUCUGCAGCGAUGAGCCGUCGACCAGUCGCGGCGUCGUGAUCGUCGGCAACAUGGGCUUCGGCAAGACGGCCAUCGCCGCCCGCCUGGUGGCGCUCAGUUGUCAUGGACAGAGAAGCCAAAGCACCCCCAAGUAUGUAGCGCCUGUUUCUCUUUCCAACGACUCCUUGGGAAGAGGAGGAGGAGGAGGAGGAGGAAGCUGUCCAGGAACUCCAGAGAUGAAGAGGAGACAGGAGGAGGCUGUGAGGAAGCUUGCAGGACAGGUGGUCUCGUAUCAUUUCUGUCAGGCCGAUAACUGUUACACUUGCCUGGUUCCCGAGUUCGUCCACAACAUGGCGGCGAUGCUGAGUACCGCCCCUCAGUUGCUGGUCUACCGGGAGUUGCUGCACCAGUCUCCGCAGCUACAGAGCAUCCUCAGUCUGCGCUCCUGCAUCCAGGAUCCGAGCUCAGCUCUGCAGAGAGGAAUACUGGACCCACUGGACGCUCUCUACAGAGAGAGGAAGUUGCAAGUGGAAGGGGCGGGGCUUAUCAUUCUGAUUGACGGGCUAAACGAGGCAGAAUUCCACCGCCCGGACUAUGGUGACACGCUGACUUCCUUCCUGACUAAGAAUGUCCUGAAAUUUCCUUCCUGGUUGAAGAUCAUUACUACUGUCAGGACCAGUCAGCAGGACACCACCCUCUCUCUGCCGUUUCACCGCAUCUCUCUUGACAAGAUGGAGGAGAACAACGCCAUAGACCAGGACCUGCAGGGCUACCUGAUGCAGCGCAUCCACAGCAGCAGCGAGAUCCAGAGCAACGUGUCACUGAGCAACGGUCGCCUUGACAACGCGGCACUCGGCAAAUUGACGGGCCACCUGAAGAGCCUGAGCAAAGGCUCAUACCUUUACCUGAAACUGACCCUGGACCUGAUAGAGCGAGGAUACCUGGUCCUGAAGAGCUCCAGCUUCAAGGUGGUUCCUGUGAGUCUGGCAGAGGUCUACCUGCUGCAGCUCAACAUGAGGUUUCCCACCCUGUCGUCUUUCCAGAGAGUUCUACCACUGCUCAACAUUACUGUGGCAUCACUGCACCCGAUGACUGAGCAGCAGCUGUUCGAGGCGGUGAAUGCAGGCGCUCUGACCGGAGGCGCGCUGCAGUGGGAGGAGUUUGCGCUGCGGCUGGAGCAGCUCUCGUCUUUCCUGCUACGGCGCAGCGACGGCAGCUGGAUGCUGAACCACACCUCCUUUAGGGAGUGGCUCGUCUGGAGGGACGAGGGUCAGGACGACAGGUUCCUCUGUGACCCCAGGAGCGGUCACACUCUCCUGGCCUUCUGGCUCUGCAGACAGGAAGGGAAGUUGAAUCGACAGCAGACGCUGGAGCUGGGACAUCACAUCUUAAAGGCUCACAUCUACAAGGGUCUGAGUAAGAAGCUUGGGGUUUCCUCCUCAGUUCUCCAGGGGCUGUGGCUGGCCUACAGCACAGAGAACCUGAGUCAUGCUCUGUCAUCUCUGCGUAACCUCUACACGCCUAACAUCAAGGUGAGCAGGUUGCUGAUCAUGGGCGGGGCUGAUGUGGAUCACCAUAGCGAUGUCCUUAACAACGCCCCGCUGCUGUGUGUUCACGCCCACCUGGGCCACAGGGACGCUGUGGCGCUGCUGCUCGAUCAUGGAGCUCAGGUGAACGCUCAGUCACACGACGGUUUGACUGCGCUGGGCUUCGCUGCUGCGGCGGGACACAUGGACAUCGUCGUCACGCUGAGUCAGCACAAAGCUAAGGUGGGACACGUGGACAGCUCCGGUCAGUGUGUGUUGGUGCACGCAGCCCAGCGAGGACACCUCAACGUGCUGCACUUCCUGCUGAAGACUGCGGACUGGAGCUGCACUUCCUGCUGUGGCCAGAAGGGAGCGAGCAAGGGUCAGGCAGUGCAACAAGCUCUGAUCGCAGCAGCCAGCAUGGGCCACACCGAGAUGGUGUCACACCUACUCGAUCUCCCAGAAGACGAAGGAGAGAAACCUGAGGUCAACACACUUGACAGCCUGUGGGGAGAGACAGCUCUGACAGCAGCAGCAGGUGCUGGCAGGUUGCCGGUCUGCAGCCUGCUGUUGGAUCAGGGAGCUGCCGUUGAGCAAGGCAACAGGCGCGGUGUGACUCCACUCUUCAGUGCUGUGAGAAGGGGCCACUGGCAGGUGGUGGAGUUGCUCCUGAACCACGGCGUGGAGGUGAACAUGGUGGACCAGCAGGGUCGAACAGCUCUAAUGACGGCAGCCUCAGAGGGACAUAUGCCCACCGCCCGGCUGCUGCUGGAACACGGAGCGUCUCUGGAUCAGACCGACAGGGAGGGGUUAACGGCGCUGAGCUGGGCGUGUCUGAAAAGUCAACUCCUGUUGGUCAGAGAGCUGGUGGAGAGAGGGGCGGCGACAACUCAUGCUGACCGCAGCGGGCGAACUCCUCUGGACCUGGCCGCCUUCCGUGGAGACCCAGAAGUGGUGCAGUACCUGGUGGAUCACGGAGCGUCAGUGGAGCACGUGGACUGCAGCGGCAUGCGUCCUCUGGACCGAGCCGUCGGCUGCAGGAACACGUCCGCAGUCAUCGCUCUGCUCAAAAAAGGAGCUAAGAUCGGACCAGCCACCUGGGCCAUGGCGACCUCUAAACCAGACAUCCUGAUGGUUCUGCUCAGUAAACUGAUCCAAGAGGGAGACAAACUGUACAAGCAAGGUAAAGUGAGAGAAGCCGCUCACGCCUAUCAGUCGGCUCUCCAGAAAUUUCCCGGGGACGAGCUGAAGACGUUCAGACAGCUGAGAGUGUGUGUGCUGCUCAACCUGUCUCGCUGCCGCCGCAAGAUGAACGAUUUUAGCCUCGCGGAGGAGUUUGCUACCAAAGCACUGGAACUCAAAGCCAAAUCCUACGAGGCUUUUUAUGCCAGAGCUCGAGCUAAACGAGGCCGCAGACAGUUUCAUGCUGCUCUGGAGGACCUGAUUGAAGCCAGUCGCCUGUGUCCAUCCAACCGGGAGAUCCAGCGUUUGCUGUCUCGGGUCAAAGAAGAGUGUCGGCUGGUUUCUCAGCAGCAGGACCCUCCCCCUCCUCCUCCUCCUCCCCCUCCUCCCCCGUCACACUAUGUCUAUCACCCCAGUGUGUCCAUCAGUGACGCCAGGUGCAGAGAUUCAGGUUGUUUGCAAGUGCAUGACAAGGAGGGCCUUACUGAGGAAGACGAGGAAGAAGAUAAGGAUGAGGAGAGGUGUUACAGGAGAGAAGAUCCUCCUCAGAGCUCCUCUUCCCUCCACCAACAACAUGGGGUUCAAAAUCUUGACGCCCACUGCCGGCCCGGGGUGCCGCCUCCCUCCUCCCUCUCCCCCACACACUUGUAUCAUCAUCAUCAUCCAUCGAGUCCCAUGCACUCCCCUUCCUCUUCUUCACCCGCUCAUUCUGCUCCUCCCCCGUCUUCAUCGUCCUUUCACCACUUCAGCCCUCCCUCCUCCCCAAUGCACCAUCACGCCAGCCCAGUGUCAGAAAAUCUCCCUGCUGUGUCGGGAGCUGGAGGUCUGCACCGCUAUCCACAGUCCGUCUCAGCCUUCCACCACUCAGACCAGAGACGGCAGCAGCAGCAUCAGCAGCAGCAUCAGCAUCAGCAUCAGCAUCAGCAGCAGCAGCAGCAGCAGCAGCAUCAUCAGCAGCAGCAGCAGCAGCAGCAGCAGCAGCUCUAUCAGACGUCUGAUCAGAUAUCCUUUCAGAAGCAGAACCCUGUCCAGGGCCAAUGGCUUCAGCCAGCCAUAGUCCAGGUUGUGAGAACCAGUCAGUCCGCUUCCUCUUCCCAUUCCAACGUGAUUUUAGGAAGUUCAGCUUACUCACAGUUUGCCAAUCUGCCCCAAGAACUGGCCGCACUGGGAGAGGGAAUUUGCUCCAGUCCCCUAAACGUCAGGCCGGGUCUGCAGGUCCAGGCUGGUCUGAACUCUGGAGCUUCAUAUCCACUACAAGAUGAGGCAAGAUCUGCUUAUGGAAGAGGAGCAGGAGGAGAGAAGACGGGGAUAAGCCGGUUUGCCCAGGCCACGCAGUUUAGCCGCAACCAGUCCAAGGCAGCUCACUACCCUAUGGAGGUUACAGAGUCUGCAGUGGGACCUCCUGAAAGCUUUCCAUCAUUGCAAGAUUAUCAAUACCACAACCAGGGGGGACCACGACGUCCAAUGAGUGCCCAUCCCACCCCGGCUGCUGUAACCUCCAGCCGGCCUCUCAACCAGAGUGUCAGCGUCUGUUUCCCUCCCAGCAGCAGCAGCAGCGGACAGACGGCAGGUCAUUCUGGUCCAGGCUUCAGGACCUCGGUCUCCACGCAGCACAUAGAUUUAACUCCAGAUCUGGCCUCUGUGGGCGGGGUGACUGGUUACCAUGACGAUCUUUUCCUGACCUCCUCUCCUCAGUCAGAGACAUGUAUGGUAGGAGGUGGCACGUACCCCGGCGAGGCAGGCCGGUCCUCCAGGAGCACCCCAUUCAUGGGCGUCAUUGACAAGACGGUGAGAGUGCAGCAACAGGUUCCUUCAAGUUCCUCGUCGUGUCUCAGCCCGUCUCGCUCCUGGGCCGUGUCUUCAGUGGACACCGUGGUGUCCUCACCGAGCAAAAACCCCAGUAACCAGGGCGGCUUCGCUCCACCGCAGCCGUCAUCCAUCGCCUACCACAACCGCAGCAACAACAACGCUCACAACGGUCACGUCCUGCACGACAACCAGCUCAACUACUACGAGGUGCUGCCCCCCUGUGGCCCUCAGAGCGAAGGCUCGGUGCAGGUGGCCAGUCACAUUCCUCCUUACCUGGACGUGAAGCUGGCCCGAACACUGCCCGUGAUUCACAGCUGCUCAGACAGACAGGCGAGUGACAGAAAGACAGGACCCACCUCUCCCGUCAAACCAAAAAGACCCUUUGUUGAGUCCAAUGUAUAGAGAGACGUUUAGAUGUCAAGUAAGACGGGGAAGGAAGUAUAAUGAAGUGAACCCUUCAGCGAACCUUUGUAUCCCAAUAAUCCUUGAGAUUAUGGAAGUUUAAAGGUCGGGUUCUGCUUGACACAAAUAAAGUAGUUGUGCGUUGUGUGUUGUGUGUUGUCGGUGCAGCGUUCAGAGGAGGAUGCAAUAAUACUCGCGACUGGAGGUUGAAGUGAGUUUGUUUGAUGCACAGAGAGAGCUUGAGGAGCAGUGGUCACCACCAAAAACAAGAAGCUUACUAACUUCUAGAACAAGUUGCAUGAGAACAGGUUUGUGAGAGGAGCAGCUGGAGUGAAGGCUAAAUCACAAACAGGAAACACUUGAUUGUGGGAAAUAAAAGACACUGAACUGUCCCUCCAUGUUCUCUGUAGUUCAUAUAAAGUGAUGUCUCUGGUUGCCCUGCAGUGUUCAUGUAGGCAACUCCAGAUGAUGACAUCACUGAGAAGGGAGAGACACAAAAGCACCACUAUUAUUACCUUAAUCUGCUGUUGACGCCUUUAAUGAUGAUGAUGAUGAUGAUGAUGAUGAUGAUUUGAAGCUCUCAAGUGAUGCAAUGACUGGAAACCUGGAUUCUUCCAGACUCUGUAACCUGUGCUGGGCAGAUGUUGGUCAGAGACCCAGUCCCAAGCCAUAGUUUAAGAAACUAGGAUGAUGCUGUCAUUGAAAGAGCACUGGCUUACUGUUUAUAAAACUAAAGUAAGUGGUAUUUAUCUUCUUUUUUUUUUAAGUUAUGUCCGUGUUAACCUUUUUGAAACCUCUGUCUGGGUUUUGACGUUUUAGAUUUUUCAUCUGUGAACGUAAAGAAUUGUUGAACAAGAACAACACAGAAGUGCAGUUUUACUCCAAUCUGGAUUAACAUCAAUAUCUGCUUCUGUGCGAUGAGGGAAAAAAACCGUAAACUAUGCCUUUUGUAGAUGUUUGGAUGUUGUUGCUUCAGGUAGUUUUUAUUUUUUGUUUUGCCAUGGAAACAGUGCUUAAAUGUCCCAUGAGGUCCCAAUUAUGUGGCUCCUGCUGCAGUCAGUAAUUCAGAAAAGGCAUAUUAAGGCCAUAUGGUCGUUCAUUAAACCCCGAGCAUAAAAGAGUGAAUGUCUAGUCAGCUUUGAAACUAUAGUCACAGCAAGUCUGUUAAUGUCGGGGGGGGCUGACGCAGUGUGUGUGUGUGUGUGAGCGGUUAGCGUGGAAAACCCCUUUGAUGCUACUUUGGUUUAGUUUCCUUUUAAAAGACAAAAACACAAGUACUGUGUACUGAGUACUGUGCUGUGGACAUGUAUUUCCUCUUGAGGACAAUAAAGUCAAAGUUCAACAAUG